UCCUCUGGAACCUUCAGUCGAGAUCCUCCGGCCUCGGCCUCAACACCAGAGAGCAGCAGCACCAGCAUUCGCGGAGACCGCUGUAUGGAGAGAGCACCACCGACCCUGUCUCUCUCUCCCUCUCUCUCUCACUCGCUCAGUUUCUCUCUCGCACACACACAUAUAUAUAUCCUCCCUCCCUCUCUCUCUCUCUUUUUCUACCUCACAAUCCCUCUGGUCACCUCUCAAUGAGGAGAAGGUCCUAAGGAAUCCUUGAGGAUCUUCCGAAGACCUUUCCAUUGGCUCCGUAGAACGUCUCUAUCUUAUUACCCUUCCCGAAUAUGCGCAGUCGAAAUGCAUCCGGUCCUCGCUGUCCCCCGCCGCCGUUCUGAGACGGCCAGGAGAUGACCCGCUGCCGAAAUUAAGGCCCCCAGGCACUUCCGGCUGUCUUGGGAUAUUCCCCCUCCCCGAUAUAUAAAUCGGCAGAUCGCUGGACAAAAUGGAAUCGCCGAUAAAGUAAGUCUUUCUCGAGAGGGAAGAUCGAUUAGUAGUGACGUAAAUGAAGGAAAAAGAAAGAAAGAAAUUACGUUGAGUCGCAUAACAGGUAAAUAGGAAUUGUAAUUUUGCCGUUUUUGACCCCACCCCCUACCGCUUGCGAAAACGAAAUUAACACGAUAAUAAUAAUAAAAAAGUGUUUGCGAAAAGAGACGAGUGGCGAAAAGACGAGCAAUAAAAAACAAAAAAUAACGGAUGACGAAGUGAAGAAAAAGAAAAAAGAAAUAACAGAGUAAACUAGUCAGCGACUGACCAAGAAGUGAGGCCGAGUAAUUUCUCGAGAGGAAGAAGAAGAAGUAGAAGAAGAGGAAGAAGAAGUAGAAGGAGGAGAAGUCUUUUUCUUUUUAAAAAACACAUCGGAGACCACGUGGCGUCCGCCGUCCGUCCGCCAUCACGGAACUAUCGACGCCUCUCUCUCUAGAAGCUCCUCUUCGACGACGAGUUCUCCCGGCUGCUUGGGUAGAGCGCCACCACGAAUUUCUGACGGAGCCAGGGAUAGAAUGCAGGUCGUUUUUUGGGGAGGAGAGAAAGCGCGAGAGGAAGAGGAAAGGAGAUUGAAAGGAAAGAAAGGAGAGUGACGAAUUCAAGAGAGGUUCUUGGACAACCAGCGAGCUUAUCUCCCGCACCGCGUUUUCUAUAACACGUCAGGUGUCGCCCGAAUCGAGAGAGGGGGGAAGACUAUGAAGAGAAGCUAAGGUCCCACCCACCUCGUCCUCCUCCCAUUCCAUAUCGGCGCGUUUUUGCGGUCAUUUUCCGGUCUUUCUCCCAUCUAUCAUCUUUCCUUUUAUAGGGUCCUGUCACUUGUGAGUCACCCAGAGAGACUCCGCGGGGAAAUUAUGGAAAGGGACCGAUCGGAUAAACGGUGAGAUUUUCCCGAAUCUUGAACCAUUUUCGAAAAAAUUAAUUUCGUCUGAAAAAAAAAGGGUUUCUAUAAGGUUUUAUGAUAAAAAAAUAUAAGAAUUCACGCCGAACCCAAAUGAAAGGACACGGGAUUUUAAUCUGCUUACCGCCAGAAACAUAAAUAAGAAUAUAUAGAGAGCUUUGGGGCGCCCGAUCUGUCCAGUGCGGUCAUCGGACACGUUUGUGUAAAAAAUAAAAGGGGAGCUUUGUCAAUAAUGCUAAGCCUCUUUGCGGUAUAAAAGGAGGAGGAGGAGGAGGAGGAGGAGAAGGAGGAAAAAGGAGAGAGAGAAAAAAAGUGAGGUAAAAAGGGGAAUUGGGGAAAGAUUCACUGGAUACAUAGUCUGGACCUCGUGAUGGAAUAAAAAAAAAUAAAAUAAAAAAGAAGGGGGCGGAUAUGACCCCAAGGCUGUUUCUCAGGGGAAACACUGACUGUCAUUUAUUCAUUUGAUGAUUUUCACUUUUGACUAACGGUAAAAAAAUUAAUUGUAAAUUCGUUGCUUUCAGUGAAAUUGAAACGAUUUUUGUACCAUUAAGGACAAUGACUCAUUAUUUCGAGGAUAUUUCUAAGGAAUCCUUCGGACGUGACGCUGGCGGAGGAGAGGAACUGACGGAGGGGAAAAUCCCAAAAGGCCUUUCGUGGAAGUUAGCAAAAGGGCGAGAGAUUAAAGCCUGAGAACCGAAAGGAAAAAUAAAGGAAGUCGGAGCGUGAUACUACGACAUUUUGAAUAGCGUUUGAAGGACAAUAAUUCUACCUUUUCAUUUCUUUACGUGAAAGAACAGAAAACAUUUAAAAGAAAAAAAUAAUACAUCGCAGGAUACAGUGACAGUAAUAGUGACAUUAUCAACCUCACUCAUUAAAAAAAAAUAAAUCACAAGAUACAGUGACAGUAAUAGUGACAUUAUCAACCUCAAUCAUUAAAAAAAAAUAAAUCACAAGAUACAGUGACAGUAAUAGUGACAUUAUCAACCUCACUCCUAAAAAAAAAUUAGAAAGUGUAUUGAAAACAUUUUGAAUUAAUCUUUGUGAACUUAAAGAAAAAAAAAAUAAACAAUCACUUUAGAUUUACACUGCUUCGUCUACAAGUCACGAAGAUGGUGUUCCUCACCAGGGAAGCAUAUGGGGGUCCUCCCUCAGCCCUCCCCAAGGGGUAUCUCAUCGUCCUGGUGUUCUGCCUUGUCUUCACCUUCGGGAUAUAUGGCGGCGUCUCCGGGAAAGUCCAGCACGACCCGAGCACGCCCAUGCCCAUCUUCGCCGAGCCCAUCAGCAACAUUACGAUCAUCAAAGGGCGGGACAUCACUUUCACCUGCGUCGUCAAACAUCUCGGCCAGUAUAAGGUGGGAUGGGUGAAAGCAGACACGAAAGCCAUCCAGGCCAUCCACCACCAGGUGGUGACGCACAAUCCGAGGGUCUCGGUGACCUACCGAGACAGGACGACCUGGAAUCUCCACAUCCGAGACGUGCAGGAGGACGACCGCGGGAUCUACAUGUGUCAGGUCAACACGGAUCCCAUGAUAGCCGAGAUGGCUUACCUGGAGGUGGUGGUUCCUCCCGAAAUCGUCGACAACGAGACGUCGGGAGAGACCGAGAUCGAGGAGGGCAGUUCGGUGACCUUGGUCUGCAAGGCUCGGGGCUACCCAGCCCCCGAGGUCUCCUGGAAGCGCGAGGGAGGGGUCAACAUUGUCCUGCGGGAUAAGGAUGUGAAGCUAGCGGACAUCAAGGGCGUCUACCUGAACCUGACGCGCGUCCGCAGAACGGACAUGGGUCCUUACCUCUGCAUCGCCACGAACGGAAUUCCACCGUCCGUCAGCAAACGUAUCAUGCUCAGAGUUAAUUUUCCUCCAACGGUCGAAGUCCCUGAACAUAUGAUCGGAUCGCCACUGGGCAGCAACGUCACCAUCAGGUGCACUAUCCAGUCAUAUCCGAGAUCAGUCAACACCUGGCGACAUGAGCCAAACGACCAGAUCAUCAUAAGCAGCCACAAAUACAACGUCUCCGAAGUCAACGAAGGUUACUACAUUACCCGAAUGACUCUGGUCAUAUACGACUUCAGCAAGGCCGACGCCACCAGGUUCAAGUGUAUGGCCAGCAAUUCCCUCGGCCCCGGGGACUCAGUUGUUCAGGUCUACGAGAUCCCGCCACAGAAGCCGGCGACCAAGGAGAAGGACACCUCCCGCCAGGAGAAUCUCAUCCCGAACACGGUGCCCGAGAGUGACCAUAAAAACAAACUGGCCUUCAACAAUGACGUCACCGACAAUGAAAUAGAGACUUACGUCGACCCCCCCGGCCGGCUGCCUCCCAAGAGCACCCAGGAGGCCCACCCGAAAGUGAAGGACGUCCCGAAGAAGCCCUCGUCGGGAGGACUCGGAAUCCUCCUCCAGGGGCCCAGCCGCUCUUCGGUGCGAGCGGAGGUCUCCAAAGGAGGGAUCUUGUUAGUGGUCCUGCUCUCUUUCCUACUGAGUAUACUGCCACUUGGCGCAUGCUAGGCAACCACAUCCCCCCCCACCCCCCCACCCCCCACCCAACAACCCCCUAUCCCCCGUUGAGUGGCACUUCAUACGAAAUCACCCCAAAUAUGGACACAUAAAUUCCUUUUUACAAAAGGUGAGCAUAUGAGUCUAUACACAAUCUACGUACACGAGUCUAUUAAUAUUAGGAGUCACCCAAGGACAUGAGAUAACUGGUAUACUAUAUAAUUAUAGGACUUAAGUGUUAAUAGUGUUCCCUUACCAUAUAAUUGAUCAUAGAAGGCACUUUUUUCUGUUGAUCUGUAUACAUAUGCACGAUUAUAUACAUAUGUGUGCAUGUAUAUAAACACAAUUUUACACAUGUGCAUCUAUACAU